UAGCCGACGAAUGUUGUGCCUAUUUCGUCAGCUUUUAUUUUUUAAUCUUCAUCAAUCAGCGUUGAUACUUUGUUAUUAUUUUAAAGAGCCAGAGAUUUAGGUGUCAAAUCUUGAUAAAAAACAGAGGACAAAAUGCAAACGACUUAUAUUGUAUUUUUUGCCUGUUUUGUAAAUGUGUGGAAUUCGAUCUCUGCGGCACCUCUCUCAGACAAUCCUGCGUCAGCAGCAUAUGCAAAUAUUAUAAGAUAUGAAAACGAUAACGAUGGCAGUGGAAAUUAUAAAUUCAGUUUUGAGACAUCAGAUGGAACAAGGCGAGAGGAAACUGGUACGCUGGUGAAUGUCGGUCAACCUGAUGAACAUAUAGCCGUUACAGGCUCAUACUCUUACAUUCGUUCGGAUGGGACAUUAGAGACUGUAGAAUACACAGCUGAUGAAAGUGGAUUUAAAGUAAUAAUCCCAACUAAUUUACCGGAAGAGGAAGACGUUAGUUUUGCACUGCCUGCUGGUGUUGUUGCAAGUUUAUUAGGAUAAACUUUUUUUAUAUUAUAAUAAGGAAAUAGAAAUAGUUGGAUUACUAAGCAUCUUGAACUAUCUAUGAAAUGAUUACAAUUUUAUGCAGCAUACAAUAUAAAAAAAAAAAACAAUUAAUUUAGGUAAAAUUUACAAAAUUAUUUUUGAUAUUAAGAUAAUAAUUAAUAUUAUUAUCUUAUUUUU